AUGUCUAACAAUACAACUUGCUUUCCACUGAAUAACAUUUCAAGCCCUUGUGGGUCGACGAACGAAAGCAAAAAUCGUAUUCCUUACGCUCAUGCUGCGAUUCUUCCGAGUACUAUCAUUAUCGCUAUAUUGUCGCCAAUUGCGGUGGCUGGUAAUUCAUUGGUUUUAGCAGCAAUAUCGAAGCGCUCUUUUCAAAGAUCGCCGUUUCAUGUCCUUCUGAGUGGAAUGGUUGUAACUGACCUUUGCACGGGACUCAUUGCCCAGCCGUUCAUCGUCGCAACUAAUUUACUGUACCUGACAAAACCAACAUUCGUGAUAAAGCAGCCACGGCUUUUUCUCGCCAUCAAAACAACUGGAGACGCAAGUGCCACAUAUUCGAUAGCCUUCAACUUGUUAAUCAUAAAACUCAUGUCUGUUGAGCGAUGGCUGCAUAUGUCUCGCCGAUCCUUGGUGAUAUCCCGUCGAGGACGUUUUACUGCCGUAACUUGUUUUCUUCUUCCAAUUCCAGCAGUUGUAUUUCGUUCCAUGGAAACUCUUGAACCAGGAACAGGUCAACGACUGUUAAACAUGACGAUUGUUGUGUCCAUGUUUGUUUGUUUUCUAAUCACAUUUGUUUCUUAUGUUAACGUUUUUCGUCUCAUUCUACGCCACCAACAACAGAUUCAAGUCACUGAAAACUUUGGUCAACCUGCGAUAAACUUAGCAAAGUACAAAAAAUCCGUGUUCACCAUCUUGAUUAUUCUGGCCUUCUAUUGCAUUUGUUUCCUUCCUAUUACUUUCUCACUUUCAAUCCAUUUUCAAGUCGGUGAUAGUUCUAAAAUGGCAUUGGCUACAAGUAUAUCGUUCGUGUUCUUAUUUUUAUCUCCUUCGUUAAGUCCAAUCCUGUACUUAUGUAGAAUGAAUGAUGUUCGUGCUGGGCUAAAAAUAUUACUUUCGUCUGGUAGGGGAUAAUGCCAGGUCUAACUCUGUCUCAGUAGUCAAAAGAAAAUUCAUAAUUCGGGUUAGAAUGUUAAUCUAUUACAAAGUUCUUGUACGUUAAGUUUCGGGAUUAAAGAGAUACUUUUGAAAAUUUUCAGAGUGUAAAAGAAUUUGUGGGUAAAGGCUUUCUCAAUGUGAUCCUAAAAUCUUGCAAUCUAAGGAGGGUGUUAAUUCUUGGAAGUUGUCAGGAAAUGCAUUUAUCUAUCCAUCCAGUUGUGAGGAAUUAGAUAGGUGAUUUAAUCAGUAAGAAAAGGGGAAGUAUUUUCAAUGAACAAUAAUGACCGCAAAUAAAAUUGCUCUUUAAUAGCCUAGUUUGAAAUUAUUAAAAUGAUAUUUAAUUCUCCAAAGUAAAAGUUAGUCUGACACGUAGGCAUAAACAAUCCAGUGAUAAUUCUUGUCGCCCUUCAAACCAAGGGCGAAAACCGAUCCGCAUAAGAAUGGUGCAAAGAUGUACCAACAGAAAAUUAAACCGUUCAAUUUCAGCUUAAGGUACGUGACAGGUACACAAGCUUGAUUGAUUCGUGGAAAAGAGUGGCUGACACUGAGAGCAUGCCCAUGUAUUCGUGAAAUUGAGCGCUGAAAGUUCAGUGACAAAAGUUUCAUUGCCGUCGAUCUAGUUUUCCUAAGCUUUUCUUGGUGGUUUAGAUGGGAAACUCUCAGGCCGAAAUACUCCACUUGGGCAUGGAGACAAAUUUCAACUUUCCUAAUUGACCUUUAUACGUGCCUGUCUUAUUAUAAAUGGGGAUUUGUUUUUCUUUGUCCAGGAAAGACUCGCCAAUUUUGUUUCUCUGAAAAGAAAAAGUUGUAACAAAACGCGUUCUGCGUAAGUGGGAACACCUUUUACCUUGUCAAGAAAAAAAUUGUCAAGUUUUUCAUAUUAAUCUAGCAAUUUUCCCUGAAAGUAAAAAGAAAAAAAAUCUUGCUUGUGAAAACGAAGCUUAAAAUUAAUGACGGGUCAACUCGAGGUUAGUCACAAAUCCGUCUUAAAACUAUGCAUGAUGAACACAUUCUCGGUUUUCAUAUGACGUCACCAACAUUCAAACUUAUCGAUUCUUCCGAGUUUCUACUUUCGUGAGUUAUUACAGUAGCUUAACACUUUCUUUAUUCAUACAAAAUUUUUUGUUCGAAAGGGCUCUUCAUUUUGCGCGAGAGGACUCUGGAGGCUAGGAAAGCUCUUAAUGUGGGUUGAAAAAGUUAGCAACUUUCAGAGAUUUUGGUAUCGUAACAUUCCUUGUCUCAGAAUAAAUGUUACUUUUACCUUUAUGAGUUCAUCAAGCGAUGAAUUAACGCAUUUGCAGAAACACUCCAAGACAGCUGUUUCUGUUGGUUUUCGGCGGCCAUAUUUGUGCCCCUCAAAAAGGCACCAACAUAGCGUCUCCAUACAAAGCCUUAUAUAUUGAGUAAAACGUUUUUCCGAAUAUCUUGCACAAAUGUCGCGCAACAACUUACAACAACUUUACUUCAUUUCAAAACCCUUGUUAUACAAUAGAAUAGAACACAACCCGCAAGUAGCAAAGGCUCUCGAGGCGGGUUGUGUAAAGAUACAUGUAAAUAAAUAAAUAAUACAUUAAUUAAGGUGGCUCGAUACAGUUUUUCAGGGCCAAUACCUUCCAAGUUUGAUCAUAAACUACGUCGCCAUAAACAAAGUUUUGGAAAAAUUGCCACCACAUUUGUAUUAGAUUAAGAUGAAAAUUUGUUAUGAUCAAGGUUGCAAUGACAUCGGAGUUGUCAUAGCAACGAAAUGACGCUAUUACCUAUUUUACUUACAGGAGUAUAUCUCGGCGCUGGGAACUCUUCUUCCAAAAUCAUUUAAGGAAGCUUUUCCCUCCAAUAGCCGCCUCGAUGUUCCUGAAGUUUAAGCCAAAUCUGUAACAGCGUUAUCGAGAUAUUUUGGGAUAAAGAUUUUGUUGUAUCAAUAGCAAUGAUAUAUAGAUUUUUGGGUGGGUGGUUUACCACAUUUUCUUACCCAUGGUGCUCCGCUGCGCGCGCUUCGCGCGCAAGAGCUGCGCUAUCAAUCUUUUAAAAAUUGUGAGUGGAAGAUCAUGAUUAGUAUGUAUCGAGGCGCUCUUGUCAGCGGUUUUUUAAUAUUUUGGUCUACUUUAACAAAUUGGUAAAUAAUUUUUAAACCGCUCGAUAUAUAUUUUUUUACAAAUUUAAGAUUCUUGAGAUUAACCUUCCUUUUAUAUGAUCUUCUAGUUUCAAGGUUAUUGCUAUAUUGUAAGGCAGUAAAAUACCCUUACAAGGGUUUAAAAAUAAUGAAAUAUCCUAACAUCAUGACCCCAAAAGGCGGUCACGGUCGCUUAUGACGCAGGCGUCCGUACAUGGAGGUUCGAUUAUAUUAAGCAUAUUUUUUUUCUUUGGUAAAUCUCGGUAAUUGAAAAAAAUCUAAAGAGUCACGCACUAUUAUCACUUAAAAAAAUUAAUUACUCGACGUGUGUUUAUACCGAGAGCAUGAAGUUGUGGUUUCUGAGCAAGAGCAAGUAUUCUGGUUACAGUAAGAUACAUGUAAAUAAAUAAAUAAUACAUUAAUUAAGGUGGCUCGAUACAGUUUUUCAGGGCCAAUACCUUCCAAGUUUGAUCAUAAACUACGUCGCCAUAAACAAAGUUUUGGAAAAAUUGCCACCACAUUUGUAUUAGAUUAAAAUGAAAUUUGUUAUGAUCAAGGUUGCAAUGACAUCGGAGUUGUCAUAGCAACGAAAUGACGCUAUUACCUAUUUUACUUACAGGAGUAUAUCUCGGCGCUUGGAACUCUUCUUCCAAAAUCAUUUACGGAAGCUUUUUCCUCCAAUAGCCGCCUCGAUGUUCCUGAAGUUUAAGCCAAAUCUGUAACAGCGUUAUCGAGAUAUUUUGGGAUAAAGAUUUUGUUGUAUCAAUAGCAAUGAUAUAUAGAUUUAGCCAGGGCUAAAAGCGAAGCUGUCGAUAAUAUUUAUAUUUUGUUCAAACAAAAUAUAAAAUCGUGUAAUGCUUAGCGGCGAAGGCAACGCCGGAGAACGGUGAAAAACUGAACAAAGGUCCAAUUAGCAAAAAAGGAACUUUGCACGUGCAGCACACUUUUUUUGUACAUUUCUUUGCCGUUCUUUUGUACGACUGCAACGUGAAACUUCCAGAAACUUCUUAGUUACACGUUUUAUGGAUUGAAUACGUUUUCUCGUUCACUUUUUUUUCACUGCCGCUCACUUUCACCUUGCAUUGGUGGCCGCUAGCAUUUCUCUUUUUGCCACCACCGCUACAAAAUUGUCAUGUUGUUCUUCCAACAAAAAAAUGUCUCCUUUGUUUUUAACCUCUCGCUCUAGAUCUCUGUCGCCCUUUAUCACGUUAACGUUGAGAUUCGCUGGCCUGCCACCUACUUUCUCUUUUUCUCUGUCUUUCUCUUGCUCUAAAUUCCAAAUAUGUGGACAUGACAAUUAAUCUAAGCUUAAUGCUUUAGAAAACACGGAUACAGAAACAAUUUCCGCUUUCCGUUUUCGUCUUUAUUGACUCUUUAAUUGUCUCUGCUUCACGAUUUCCCGUCAAAAUAACCUCGAGUUAUAUUUGGGUUGCCAUACCUGUUGAAUGAGUUAUUUUACAUUGGUAUGACUGUGGUGCGGACGGACAGUCGGGCGGUCGGUCGGUGUACGGUCACGUGAUUACCAAAUUUUCUCGGAUGGGUGGGUGGUUUACCACAUUUUCUUACCCAUGGUGCUCCGCUGCGCGCGCUUCGCGCGCAAGAGCUGCGCUAUCAAUCUUUUAAAAAUUGUGAGUGGAAGAUCAUGAUUAGUAUGUAUCGAGGCGCUCUUGUCAGCGGUUUUUUAAUAUUUUGGUCUACUUUAACAAAUUGGUAAAUAAUUUUUAAACCGCUCGAUAUAUAUUUUUUUACAAAUUUAAGAUUCUUGAGAUUAACCUUCCUUUUAUAUGAUCUUCUAGUUUCAAGGUUAUUGCUAUAUUGUAAGGCAGUAAAAUACCCUUACAAGGGUUUAAAAAUAAUGAAAUAUCCUAACAUCAUGACCCCAAAAGGCGGUCACGGUCGCUUAUGACGCAGGCGUCCGCACAUGGAGGUUCGAUUAUAUUAAGCAUAUUUUUUUUCUUUGGUAAAUCUCGGUAAUUGAAAAAAAUCUAAAGAGUCACGGACUAUUAUCACUUAAAAAAAUUAAUUACUCGACGUGUGUUUAUACCGAGAGCAUGAAGUUGUGGUUUCUGAGCAAGAGCAAGUAUUCUCGUUACAGUGAUCAUUAAAUUUAUAUAAUUAUAAUGUUAGCAGUUCGUGUAAGAUAUUCAGUAAUUAGUUUUAUUAUCUGUCUUUGAACGUGCAAUAUCUUUUUAAUGAAGUUUUUCUUUAGGGCAAUCUUCUUGUGAACAUUUGUUUGUACCACUUCCAAAAAUUACAAUUACCCAUAUCAAGCAAAGUCAGUUGAAUUCAUUAAGCCAGCCGAUAUCAUCAACUGAACAAAGAAUCAAACAAACCUAGAAUGGCAAAUAUCAAUUUGUGGAAUUAAAAAGCAGGAUUUAUUUUGUUGUAACCUGCUCUUUCUCUCAAUAUGAAAGGGGUGGUCCUUUAUUUUCUUUUUCUUUCCUUUCUUAGGCCAUAGUUAAUAGAUUCGAAUGAUUGUGAAAUCCUUCAUACUCCUUUGUUAUAGGUUUUUAUGGACCUGAAGAUGCACAACAUUAUAAGCAUUCCUACCAUUUUGAUCGCAUUGACCAAUAAAAACGUCGCAUUAAUUUAUUCCAUCACAAACAAAGGAUUGCGCACCGUCAGGGAGCUUCCAAUAUAAACUGCAUCACUGUUGUUUUUACAUUUGAUGUUUUUUGUCUUUCAUAACCAGUCUCCUCCAAUAACUAUGCUGAAUUUACUCUUUGAGUCUUUGUGCCUACCUCUGCUUUUUUCUUUCUUCAAAAGAGUUCCGCUUCUCAUAUUAAUCUUUAGUCAGAGGCUUCCGUAUCCGUCAAAUCCAUCAACCAAAAGAUAAGCUGCUUUUUAUUGAAAAGGGAAUUCAACUGCCUACGGGAGUACAACGUAUACUAUAUUUCUCUACGCCGUUUUAAGGAAGAAAAUAUGGUUCUCGACCCCCAAGGGGCAUGGCCAAGUGCAUGCAAUGGCAGCAUCAACCAACACCACUGCUUCCAAUUAAUUAUAAGGUAGUCUAUGUGUGUGCUUUUUUUUUCCUAAUUAAUUUGUCUUUUGUUAAAGGAGAUGACACAAAAUUCAGGUAGAAUAAAAUAAGAAGAAACGUAUUGUCAGUAAAGCAAAUGUCAAAUCUUUCUUCUCUUUUUCUAAUAGACGCUAUGUGUAUAAAUGUUUGGUACUGUUAGAAUUGAAUACUAACCAUUCAAUCAAGUGCUUAAAAAAGAAAGAUAAAUUUAGACUGCCUUUUUUCAGUUUUAGUUAUCGCGCUAGGGCUUUCUUCGCAAUGAAUGAGUACAAAGCAAAGGCAAUAUUGGUGCUUUUCCAGCAGCUGCCAAGUCACGGAUUUAUCAUUAAUCCUGAUAAAGAACAAAAAAGAGAAGAUUGCAUUUGGUCCUUUAUUUUUAGCUGAAAAAACUAGAGUACGACCAACAACACAUCAUCUGGAGGGAAACUUACAGCCGUAACUGCAGCUUUUACAUGGACAGCUUUUCCUACUCCAUCAUUAUCGCUGUUUUAUGUCCAGUUGCAGUGGUCGGAAAUGCUCUAAUUUUGGCUGCGAUUUGGAAAAAGACAUUUAAAAGAACUCCUUUCCAUCUUCUUCUGAGUGCAUUAGCAAUCACUGAUUUGUGUACGGGAGUAAUAGCCCAACCUCUUACUGUUGCAGCCAAUCUUUUGCAAAUUGCAUCGGACUGCAAAUCAUAUUCACAUUGCAGAAACAGACCAAUGAUUACUGAAGUAAUUGAUGCACUUAGUAAUACCAGUGCCACGUAUUUCUUUUCUGUCACAGCUCUUUUUACAUCACUAAUGGCAGUUGAGAGAUGGUUACACAUGACAAGGCGAUCCAAGUUGACAUCACGUUGUAGAUACACUGUAGUU